CAAUGGCGAGCACAUCAGGAUAAUAACGAAGAGAUAAGAUUUCUCCAAAUUUUGAGACAAGUUACGCCUCUUUGAAUACUUUAAAAAACCCAAUUAGUUUGAAAUGGUGUACUCGAAUCGAAGCGACCGGGGGCACCGGCAUCUACUGCUGUUUUUUAUGAUCCUCGCAGCCUGGGAAGCCGGGAGCGGCCAGAUCCACUACUCGGUCCCGGAGGAGUCCAAACACGGCACCUUCGUGGGCCGCAUCGCGCAGGACUUGGGGCUGGAGGUGGCGGAGCUGGUGCCACGCCUUUUCCGAGUGGCUUCCAAAGGCCACGGGGAUCUUCUGGAGGUAAAUCUGCAGAAUGGCAUUUUGUUUGUGAAUUCUCGGAUAGACCGGGAGGCGUUGUGCGGGCGGAGCGCGGAGUGCAGCAUCCACCUGGAGGUAAUUGUGGACAGGCCGCUGCAGGUUUUCCAUGUGGAGGUGGAGGUUAAAGACAUUAACGACAACCCGCCCGUGUUCCCUGAAACUAAGAAAAGAAUAAUCAUUGCGGAAUCGAGACCCCCAGAAACUCGGUUUCCACUAGAUGGCGCAUCCGAUGCAGAUAUUGGAGUAAACUCAGCCUUGACCUACCGAAUCGAUCCCAACGACUAUUUCGCUUUGGACACACAAAACAAUCGUGAACAAACGUCUUCGUUGUCACUUGUGUUGAAAAAAUCAUUGGACAGAGAGCAAAUUCAGGAGCAUAGUUUAUUAUUGACAGCCCGUGAUGGAGGUAAACCGGAGAUGACCGGUACAGUUCAGCUGCAGAUCGCAAUUCUGGACGUGAAUGACAAUGCCCCAGAAUUUGACCAAUUCAUUUAUAAAGUGACAGUAUUUGAGAAUGCAGUUAAUGGAACAUUAGUGAUCAAGCUAAAUGCCACAGAUCUUGAUGAAGGUACGAAUGGAGACAUAAUCUACUCAUUUAGAAGACCUGUAACGCCCGCGGUGCUGAAUGCAUUUACCAUAAAUCCCAACAGUGGAGAAAUUAGAACAAAAGGUAGACUAGAUUUCGAAGAAAAAAAAUUGUAUGAAAUAUCGGUGGAGGCAAUAGACAAGGGGAAUAUUCCAAUGGCAGGUCAUUGUACCAUUUUGGUGGAAGUACUAGAUAUAAAUGAUAAUAUCCCACAAAUUACCAUCACUUCUCUGACACUCCCCGUGCAAGAAGAUGCUCAGGUGAGCACCGUCAUAGCCUUGAUCAGCGUGUCCGACCGUGAUUCUGGCGCCAAUGGUCAGGUGACCUGCACACUGACACCCCAAGUCCCUUUCAAGCUGGUGUCCACCUUCAAGAAUUACUAUUCGCUGGUGCUGGACAGCGCCCUGGACCGCGAGAGCGUGUCGCACUACACUCUAGUACGAAGGCGAGCCUCCGUCCCGCGCGGUCACUACUAG